ACGGCUGGUCCAGUGUAUUUCCUGCACGAAGCAGGUGAUGGGUUAGCUAGCUAGAAAAAACUUAAAUGAAAGUAUGCAACCUUUAUUAAACUAUUACUGUUGUCGAGACUUUAAACAUGUUUUUUUUAGAUAAUUCAACAGCCUGUCUGCUAUUCGGUAUGGUUUAGAAAUAUAAAACAGCUGGUAUUAAGGCCUCUCUUGUAGAAAACGUCUGAAGAUGUGGACAUUAUUGAUUAGCAGCAGCAGCAGCUAAUUGCACUUCACCCAGGAGGAGCCUGAUGUUGCUGUGUCAGCAUGGCUUCAACUUCUAGUUUCGCUCCUCCAAAGUUGGCGGACCUGAUCCUCACAGAGAGGCUGGGCAGUGGCACAUAUGCUACAGUUUAUAAAGCCUACAGGAAGGGGAACAGUCGUGAAGUGGUAGCAGUGAAAGUUGUUGCGAAGAAGACUCUAAACAAGGCCUCCACAGAAAACCUGCUCACCGAGAUCGAAAUCCUGAAAACUGCGUGUCACCCUCAUAUCGUCCAGCUGAAAGACUUUCAGUGGGAUUCUGAAAACAUUUAUCUGAUCCUGGAAUGGUGUUCUGGUGGAGAUCUGUCCCGCUUCAUCCGCAGCCGCAGGAUUUUACCCGAGAGCGUGGCGCGGCGCUUCCUGCAGCAGAUAGCCUGCGCUCUUCAGUAUCUUAAUGGACGAAAUAUCUCCCAUCUGGAUUUGAAGCCCCAGAACAUCCUGCUUAGCGGCUCAGUCCUCAAACUAGCAGAUUUUGGGUUUGCCCAGUACAUGUCACCCUGGGAUGAGCAGAGCGUCCUGCGGGGCUCUCCUCUUUACAUGGCUCCUGAGAUGGUGUGUCGACGUCAGUAUGACUCCAGGGUGGACCUGUGGUCAGUAGGAGUCAUUCUGUACGAGGCGCUGUUUGGACGAGCCCCAUUCGCAUCAAAGUCCUACGCUGAACUGGAGGAGAAGAUUCGAAGUAGUCAACCCAUCGAGCUCCCUCCCGGGGCCAGAGUAUCUAAAGACUGCAGGGACCUUCUGCUGAGGCUGCUGGAGAGAAAUCCAGAUGCCCGGAUCACCUUCACAGAGUUCUUCGCUCACCCUUUUGUGGAUCUGGAGCACAUGCCGAGCGCAGACAGUAUCGUGAAAGCAAAAGAGCUGGUUUUACAGGCUGUUCAGAAGGACCAAGAGGGGGAGAGGUCUGCUGCUCUGUCUUUCUAUUGCAGUGCCCUUGAGCACUUUGUCCCUGCUAUUUACUAUGAGACGGACCGACAACGUAAAGAUGCCCUCAGACAGAAGGUCAGACAGUAUGUGUCCAGAGCGGAGGAGCUGAAAGCCCUUCUUGCUUCGGACAACAAACGAAGCUUUGAGGAAGCUCGGACAGCCAGAGAUGUUCUCCGAGAAAUGUCUCAAGACCAACCUCGCCUCCUGGCUGCCUUGGAGAAAGCUUCUACAGCCAUCGCUAAGGAGGAGAGCGGCUCAGAUGAGCAAGAAGCUCUGGACGUGUACCAACAGUCUUUAGGAGAGCUCCUGUUGGCUCUAGCAGCCGAGCCCCAGGGACGCAGGAGAGAGUUGCUCCACAGCGAGAUAAAAAGCCUCAUGACCAGAGCUGAAUACCUCAAGAAGCAUAUUAAGAUGCAGGAGACUCAGAGGGACGCGUCUCUGGAUCGAGAAUCUCUAACAGAUUCUGUCAGAAGCUCUUGCUGUUUGCAGUGAGCAGGGUGGCAGCUGUAAAACUCUGGAAUGCCCCCGUGGACCGUCCRUCAGUGUUCAGGUUCAGACCCCUCACCACACCAGGCCUCUGCGGGAGCUAAAUCCCACCACAUCCUAACCAACYGAGUACACUAUCUGGGUGGGAUGUGACACUCGCCAGCCACACGUGGCCACUUUUUUGGCUGUUGCUGGGAAAAAAAAAUUUCUCCCACCAGAUGAAUUGGCAGGUAAAGGACCUCAGCUUUGUUGUUAUGUUUUUCAGGUAAGAGUCAGCUUUGUAAAAAUGCUGAAAGUAGCUCUGGAGUGUUGGAUUUGCACACUGCUGAAUGUGACUGUUGUCUGCUCUUUUCCACUGCGUUGUUGUAGCCUGGAUCCCCUCCUCCAGACGCACCAUUGAUAUGUUAAUGAGACAGUUUGAAUGACAAAACCACACUGUCAUGGUAAAUCAGUUAAACUGAGACUGAUUAUUCAAAAGUUCUUCACACGUACAAAAUGUAAAACAAAAAUCUAWUGCAAUAAAAUGUGAGCAUUGAUGCUGGGAAAGAUAAAACUGGAUAAGAUCUGUAAUAAUAAAUAAUGUAUUGACUGUAAACAUGUAUGUAGUUCUUCAACCCACUGUUCUAUCAUACUCUUUCUGCUGAUGGAGUCUCCACUGGAGCUGCAGGUUCUGCCUUGUUUACACUGAUCCUGCAGUUUCUUUACAUUUAGUUCUGUUUCAGUGAAAUUUGGUUUGAUAAAAACAUGAAACACCUUGAGAGCUGGACCUCUGGUUCAGCUGUAAAACGCCAAAGAGUGAGUGGUUAACUCUUACUGCUGUGUCUUUACUGACUUUAAAUCAAAGCAAAGUGCUUUAAAAGGGACAUUUGUGAAAACAUAUCUGGUUUUGAGGAAACUGGGAUAAAUGUGUGGGAUAGAAGUAAGAUAAAAAAUCUACAGCAAAAAAUUCACACUUCUGCCAUUUCAUUUUUUUAUUUAAAAAAAUGUUUUAUAAUGUAUUUAUUAAGGAAUAAGAUAAAAAUGACUAAAGUAAAAUAAAAUAAGUCUCUUGAAAAUGUGAAAUCUGUCCUUUUUUUAGCAGCACAAAGCAAUCACUUGACGUUUGCAGUGGUGGGCGUGGUUCCAUUAACAACUUAUAGAGGAACAAAUAUUUUAUUUAGCAGGUUAGUUUUUUCACACUAGUUAUUGUACAACUUUGACCAUUUUAGAAAUUGUGCCAAUAAUCCAAAAAUAACUAUUGAUUUCCUACUCUGAUGUAGUGAGUUGUCUGGUUUUUAACCUGAGUGAAUUUCUCAAGGCAAACAAACAAAAAAAACUCUUACAUCUGCUUGGGUUCAGGAAACCAGUAGUAAGGAAUUGCAAGUUUAAUCUUCUUUGUUAGUCUGUUAUUUUGUCAGUCAUGACUGCAAAGAUUCUGAAGUAUAAUUUCUUAACUCUGUCAGCUUUUUUUGAGAAGCCAAGAGGAUAUUGUGGUUUAAUGGCUUUGCACAAACUGCGACGUCAUCUCGAAGCAGUCUGUAGUUUCUGUGUAUUUUAUUUUUUUGUACUGUAAGGCCCGCCCCAGUCCAGCCCGGGUUCAAUCCUGGGUUCUGCACGUUUGCUCUUAUAGCCCAAUUCCCCUGAUUUCAGGAACCCAGCGGCCUGUGGUUCUAUUUGGGCGGGGCUGCAUGGCCCAAUUUGACAUCAGCUACUGUUGCAUUGAAGGAAUAUUUGAUGGUGUUUGAUUGAGACGUGCAUAUUUAGAAUACAGCAGCACAGAAUUGAUCAAAUUUGAUUAGGUCCACAUUURUGAAAUGUUCGUGUGAUUUGUGUUUAUUUUUUCAACUGACUUUGUUUCUCUUUCAUAUAAUACAGCAAUGAUUGGAGGUUUUCAGAACCUUUGCCAGUUUCGGAGAGUUUUCUGUAAAUGUAUUAAACAUUGACUUAAAUAUCUCA